CUUAAUGCUCUUCAAGAUGAACGGCUAUCUUCUGUGCAUUUUGCCAUUGUUCGCUUUACCAAACGUAGUUCUGGCCAUCACCUGCUACACUUGCACACCAAACCCACCUACAGUGUCAUGCACAACACUGGCUGAUUUGAAUGUCACCGAUUGUGACGCGGAUCCGACCGUACCAUCAGGCAUGGCUGACGUGUGUAGCAAAAGAUUAGCUGUAGCGAAAAUGGGGCAAAUGAACCAGACUAUGAAUAUGUUUAGCUGUGGAACAAAGUCAAUGUGCCAAGACUUCCAGGCAAAGUCAUGCAAUGCCUCGCUACUGCCACCUGGAAUGACCUUUAAAAAAUGCGAAGCCACGUGUUGUGAACAGAACAAGUGCAACGGGCUUGCAGAGAGCACCUCGCCAAGUGUGAAUGCCGCGCCAAGUGUAAACGCUUGGCCAAGUGUAAAUGCCUCGCCAAGUGUAAACACCUCGCUAAGUGUAAACGCCUCUCCAAGUGUAGACGCCUCGCCAAGUGUAAACGCCUCGCCAAGUGUAAACGCCUCGCCAAGUGCAAACGCCUCGCCAAGUGUAAACACCUCACCAAGUGUAAACGCCUCACCAAGUGGCCCGGUAACCAGUGUUCCUGUAAAAACUAUGGCCACAGGAACCCCACCGAAGCCUUCUAGUGGUGCCACAACAUACAACAAAGUUGUAUCAUUUGCCACCACCCUUACAAGCGUACUCUAUGUGCUUUUUUGUAUGUACUGA